AUGCUACUUAAUAACAAGAAGUCACGUCUUGAGCCUGUGUACUUGAUGUCCAUAGUUCCAUGUUUGGGUUCAUUGUCAACACUCUUACUUUUCCACCAAGUUAGUAAAAAGUGUGAUGAAGCUAUUUCACGUAUCAAAAUCAACCCAUCCUUCAGAGAGUCUGACGUUGAGACUCUGUUCCAAAAAUUGCGCCCCAAAAAUGUGGCGAAAGAAAUGACCGUAUUUACUGGUCUUGAAACUCUUCACAUUGACAUUAAUUCAUUGGAUCAAAUUGACCCCCAAAAUCUGGAAAAGUACCAACUCAUUCAUAUCCCUUUUAUUAACAGAAAGUCGGCCUUUUUAAAGUCGAAAAAUUUCCAACAGUUUAAAUGUCUUGUUUCGAGUUUUGGAAUCGAUUUGUUUGGGCCAGAACCCUUCGAUACUUCUGAUAUGCUUUCUCUGAGAGAAGUCAAAUUUAGAAUUAACAAAAACAUCCCUAAAGAUAUCAUUGAAACGUUCGUUAAUGGAUUAAAGGGGAUUCCUCAUCUGAGAAAGGUGGUGAUUUCGUGCGACUCACAACUCAUAGAAAUGAUGUGGGACCUUGUCAAAGAAUUCAACUUUAAGAAGACAGAGUUCAUCUUCAAGCUGAAUUGGCUGAGAGAUGAGGACUGCAAUUUGAUAUCGACAAUUUCCAACCACGUCGCUGUUGGGCUUCUAACCAAUGGGUUUGGGAAGUUCAACAACGUCUUUAUUAAAUCUGGUGUUGUGUUGCUCUUUUACACCGAUUGCUUCUUACAGCUGUCAAGCCAAAUCACUGUUGAUCCACACUUCCAACAAUUACUUACAAUGUACAAUCCAUAUAAAAUCGAGAUACAGAGCAAUACGGUUCAGGCCCUGACAACACAAGGUACCGUGAUCAGUUUCAAAUCACUCAAAAGUCUCAAAGAUCUCUUUUUGAAUGACUUGAAAUACACCGAGCCAGUCUCCUUCGAGCUACCUGAGUGUUUAGAAAACCUCGAGAUCAAUAAUUUCACGUUUUUGGAUAAGCACGGCCUCAUCGGUCUGAGAGAGACAAAAGUCCCAAAGGAACAACAAGCAAGAUAUGUCGCUUUUAUCUAG